AUGUCAACUGCUGAGAAGAAGAACAGCGUAGAGUCGGCUCCUGAGGAAGAGACAACGAGCAUUGCGCUCGAGAAAAAGAGAACGUUGGAUGAGUCCGACAAAGAGGAUGUCAAGAGGAUUAAGAGCGAAACAGCGGAAACCUCAGAGGAAGCAACGAAACAGGACAAACAAGAAGAAAGUGACAAGAUAGAAAAGACAGACGACAGUAAAAAGGAGGAAUUGACCGAGACUGAAAAGAAGGACGAAAAGACCGGCAACGGAGACGAAAGUGCUGCCGACGAGAAGCCAACUCCAGCCAAAUUUGUGUUUGGUGCUCGGACCACAUUUGGACAAGCCAGUGGGUUCUCGAUGCUAUCCAAGAAGAAUGUGUUCGAUAAAAAGCCAGAAGCCACUGAAGAGAAGACCGACGAACUCAAACCAGCUACAAAGAGCGUUUUUGGAAGCGGAUCCACGUUUGGAAACGCGUUCAAAAAGGCUGCCACUACAAAAUCGAUCUUUGACGAGCCGCAAAAGGCUCCUGAGCAGCCUAAAGAUAAAGAAAAGGCCAAAGAGGUGUACAAGGCUGUUCAUUUAGAGAAGCAGGAGGUCAAGUCUGGUGAAGAAGAGGAACAGACGUUGUUCCAGGUGAAGGCCAAGUUGUAUCAUAUGGAUCUCACCAAGGUGUCUGAUGGAUGGAAAGAGAGAGGAGUUGGUGUGCUCAAAGUGAACAAAUUUUUGAAAUCAGAUAAACCAUACAAAGCUCGUUUAAUCAUGCGUCAGGAAGGUAUUUUGAAACUCAUAUUGAACGUGCCUGUUGUGCCAGGUUUUGAGGUUUUCAAAGGAAUGGCAAGCUCGUUAAACAGCGACAAAUUCAUCAGAAUUCAGGCAGUGGAAGACUCCAAGCCUGUUCAGUACGCUUUCAAGAUCGGCAUGAUCGAGAACUCGUCCAAGUUGUAUGAAGUUAUUGAGCAAUUGGUUAAAGAGGUGAAUUAA